AUAAUCCCAUGGCAACAUCGUCUGUGUGUUAAUAUUGCUCCAAAUGACCGACGCAUCUGAAGAGACAAUUGCCCACGAGCAAUUGGAUCAGCAUAGCACUCGACCACAAUUCGGCAAUCGGUUUCUUUCCGCCAACGAUGAUGUCUUCCAGCACAAUGCUUGGUAGGAUAUUGGUUAGCCCCUUCAUUCAUUUCCGGUCGGUUCCAUUUGCCACGUACAAUGCCUUAUUUCGUUACAAGUGUGAUUACGAAUACACACGACAUCGCAAAAAACCUGCCGGCGGAGGAUCACGUUUUCUGCGCGAUCCUUCCCAGGUGUUCAGUUUCAAUUCGUGGGACAACGUGGAAUGGGACGAGGAGCAGGAAAAUGCAGCUCUGGAAGGGGUGAAGAAAAACUCAUCUGUAAAGAUGUCAGAAGAAGAGGUGAUUCGUCUAGAGACAGAAGCUGAUCAAAACUGGGAUCGAUUUUAUGGCAUACAUCAGAACCGUUUCUUCAAAGAUAGACAUUGGCUGUUUACGGAGUUUCCAGAAUUGGCACCAUUCAAACAUACGGCCAAUGUUCCCGAACGAGUGCUACCGGAUGGAGAAACCGUUAAAAAGAUGGAAGGGUUCGCCACACAAACUAAUCCACAACGGAGAACGAUUUUUGAAAUCGGUUGCGGUGUGGGAAACACCGUGUUUCCGAUUCUAAACUACAGCAACGAAGAGAAUUUGAUGAUUUACGCAAGCGAUUUCUCACGCCAAGCCAUCGACAUUAUGUGUAAGAGUCCCGAGUACGACACGAAACGGUGUCAAGCGUUUGUACUGGAUGCAACGGCCGACAAAUGGGAUGUCCCGUUCGAGGAGAAUAGUAUCGAUAUUGUGGUGCUGAUAUUUGUCCUAUCUGCCAUUGAUCCGGAACGAAUGCAACACGUGGUAAAUCAAGUCACUCGCUACCUCAAGCCGGGUGGACUGGUAAUGUUGCGCGAUUACGGCCGCUACGAUCUUGCCCAGCUGAGGUUUAAACCGGGCAAAUGCGUUAAGGAAAAUUUUUACGUUCGCGGCGAUGGUACGCUGGUUUACUUCUUUACCCAAGACGAUUUGCGAAGGCUUUUCACGAACGCUGGCUUAAUCGAGGAACAAAACAUAGUCGACCGGCGGUUACAGGUAAAUCGUGGCAAGAUGAUUAAGAUGUACCGUGUGUGGGUACAAGUCAAAUUUCGCAAACCUGUAGAUUAACAAACAAUCAACCACGACCAGUGCUGCAUUUGAUACGUCGAAUUUUGUUUAUUGGUGGGUCAUUAAAUGCUAAAUACAGGUAUGUUUACAUAUGUUGAGAUGAUAAAGUCGUGCGCUUGUUAUCAGUUGUA